AUGACGGUUUUGUUGCCUGGUCUGGUGACCCUCUGGUUCUAUGGUAGCAUCACUGGGGCUGGGGUAAUUGAAGUUGAGAAAAUUGUACGGAAUGUGCAGUAUGAAAGUCCACUGCUAUCAAACCAGCCAGCAGGGAUUUUCAAGCGCAUGACGUAUAAUGGACUUCAAUGGAUGAAAUAUGUGGCUGAAGAACAGGAGGGUUAAUAUGCCAUCUUGCUUCAGCCACUCAUUGUGAAGAAUGGGCUUGGCAGAUAGGUUACUUCUGACACUUUUCAGAUCAUAAUACUGAUAACUAUGCAUCUCAAAAGUGACAGGAAAGGUAGUUGGGCAGCAGAAUUAGCAGGAUUUGGUGUUCGAUGUUUGGCACUCGAAGUUUGGUACGAAUUUUAUCAAUUCCCAACGCAGAUAUCCCUUCAGGAACUGACACUAGUUAGCUUGAAAGGUCAACUUCGUGACUCCAAAAUUCUUCGGUUUCCAAAGUUACAGCGGAAUAUACCUCCGCAGAAAUCACUUUCUUUGCUGGUGGAGACCCCCACGCCCAAGAUUGAUGUCCAUGUCAUUGAAAAGUGCCUGCUCGCUCAAGCCCCAGAAGUGGUUUGGUCGUUGCCCUCCCGAGCUCCAUUACGAACAUCACUUACUGGAACGUGUGAGCUGCAGGCCUAGGAUAAUUGAUUGGGUCUCAAUGAGAGUAGCAAAAUUACAUGUGCUAUGUAUCAAGACCCUUCCCAAGUUAUAGCAAUGAUCUCAGAAUAGUGUCACCCACUGGCCGCGAUUUAGAAAUGAACUAUCGCACGAUGGGAUGGAAAACGUUUUUUUCUUUUUGUCUUCUUCAACUUUGGCUGAAUGUGAGCAUAUCAUACUUUUACCUUUUUUUCCAAAUGAGGAAACUGCGUUCAUGGCCAAAAGUCAAUGGCGACCUGUGGCAAAGGUAAGGUGUACAGUAUACUGAUCCCCAAC